CCAAGCCCGUCUCCCGGGAGCCGACCCUUAAACUCUUCUUUUGCAAAUAAUUGUUCUCCGUUUGAGCGCUGGUUAGUUGCAUCACUUCCGAGUGAUGGCUCAAGAAGCAAUGGAAUAUGAUGUUCAGAUGCAGUUAGAUCAUAAUGCUCUAGGACAACUUGCUCCAGCUGAACUUGUCAGCAGCCUACAGGGACCACCCUUACUGCAGCCUGCUCCUGCUGAAGUGGUCAGCAGCCAAGGGGAACCACGUCUGCUGCAGCCUGCUCCUGCUGAAGUGGUCAGCAGCCAAGGGGAACCACACCUGCUGCAGCCUGCUCCACAGGUGUCCAUUGACCUGACAGAGGAAGUGGAGCUCUUAGGAGAAGAGAAUGUGGAGAACAUCAAUCCAGGAACUUCAGAGGAGCGUAGGCAGGGAUCUGAUGCUAACCCCACCAUCCGAGUGGCUUCAUUGCACUCAGUGAGCAGCUUCAUUAAUGGGCUACAGAGACUUCAUGGCAUGCUAGAAUUCCUGAGACCCCCUCCAGACAACAAUGUGGGGCCAGUAAGAACCAGGAGGAGGAGAGGGACUGCUUCACGCAGAGCGAGAACCGGAGUGUCUCAGAGGACGGACAGUGCCAGGUCCAGAGCACCACCAUUGGAUGCUUACUUUCAAGUGAGCAGGAGCCAACCUUCUUUGCCAACUACUUCUCACGAUUCAGGGGCUAGCAAUCCUGUAUCUGAAGACUUGCAGGUACCAAGUAGUUCUGAUUCUGACAAUGAAAGUUCCAUAGAGUAUGAAGAGGUGGUUGUGCAGACAGAUGAACCUGAAGUUGCCAUUUUAGAAGAACAUCCAGGAGGUGUUUCAGCAGAGCAAGAGGUUACAUGUAGUGGUGGAAGAGAGACACUCCCCAAGCAGCAGUCGCCCCAGAAGUCCAGUUUUCUCCUGCCUUCAGUUUCUACAGAUGAGGAAGAAGGGGACACUUGCACAAUAUGUUUAGAACAGUGGACCAAUGCUGGGGAUCACCGGCUUUCUGCUUUACGCUGUGGGCACCUCUUUGGGUUUAGGUGCAUUUCUAAGUGGCUCAAAGGACCGGCACGAAAAUGUCCCCAGUGCAACAAGAAAGCCAAGCACAGUGACAUUGUUGUCCUUUAUGCCCGAACCCUGAGAGCUUUGGACACUACUGAACAUGAGCGCAUGAAAAGUACCUUAUUACAGGAGCAGAUGCUAAGGAAGCAGGCAGAGUUAGAAGCAGCACAGUGCCGGCUCCGACUUCAAGUCCUCACUGAGGAAUGCACUAAGCUUCAUAAUCGUGUCCAGGACUUGCAAAAACUUAUUCUGCAACAUCGGGAUCAGCUCUUACUGAGCUCCAAAGGACCUUGGCUAAGCGGCUCGCCCUGCAAACAGCCCCAGCACAAGUACUUGUUCCAGAAGACCUUCACAGUGUCUCAGAGUGGAAACUGCCGAAUUAUGACCUACUGUGAUGCUCUGAACUGUCUGGUGGUGUCACAACCUUCUCCUCAGGCUACCUUUGUUCCAGGCUUUGGUGUUAAGAUGUUCAGUACUGCCAACAUGAAAAGCAGUCAGUACAUUCCCAUGCAUAGCAAACAGAUCCGAGGACUGGCUUUUGGCAAUCAGUCCAAAGGCUUACUUCUCUCUGCUUCCCUAGAUAACACUGUUAAACUGACCAGCCUGGAGACAAAUACUGUGGUCCAGACUUAUAAUGCUGGACGUGCUGUCUGGAGCUGCUGCUGGUGUCUUGAUGAAAACAAUUACAUCUACGCUGGACUGGUCAACGGUUCAGUUCUGGUAUAUGACCUUCGAAACACGAGUUGUUAUGUCCAGGAAUUAGUACCUCAAAAAGCCAGAUGCCCACUGGUGUCCCUGUCAUACAUACCCAGAGCUGCCUCGGCUGUAUUUCCAUAUGGUGGAGUGUUGGCUGGAACCUUGGAGAAUGCUACCUUCUGGGAGCGAAAAACGGACUCUUCUCAUCAGCCUCAUGUGCUGCCCAUAGAGCCAGGGGGCUGCAUAGACUUUCAGACAGAAAGCAGCACCCGACACUGUCUUGUGACCUACAGGCCUGAUAAAAAUCACAACACUUUACGCAGUGUUCUGAUGGAGAUGUCCUACAAGCUGGAUGACGCUGGAGAGCCAGUCUGCUCCUGCCAUCCUGUACAGACAUUCCUUGGGGGGCGCACUUGCAAACUACUGACCAAAAAUGCUCUUUUCCAAAACCCAGAGAAGAGUGGCAGCAUCCUGGUGUGUAUUGGGGAUGAAGCAUCAUAUUCUGCCCUGGUAUGGGAUGCUAGCAGUGGCUCCUUGCUGCAGGGUCUGCCGACUGAUCAGCCUGUCUUGGACAUCUGUCCAUUUGAGGUGAACCAUAGCAGCCACGUGGCUACCUUAACAGAGAAGAUGGUUCAAAUCUAUAAGUGGGAGUGACCAUGGUCUUGAAACUUACAAGGCAUUGCCACUGGUUAAUGUUCAGCGUUGUUUGCUAGCAUCUAACAGCCUUGAGCAAGAUCCCUGCUUAUUGUCUGGCCUAGAACUUUUGGGAACAUGAUUCCUUUGGUUUAGUAUGAUUCUAAGACUCCAGGUCACUAAAACUACAGAUUGUGUAUUAUGUCCAUCAAAAGAGGAAGUGACUGUUAACUGUCUACAUUGACCAUUUCUUGGAUUAAAAGCCUUCAUGAAUCUUUGUGGAGAAACAAUAUUUUCAUUCAGACUGUUUGCUGGACCACAGAGAGUAUCUUUCCAGCAGUCAUUUAGGAUAUGAUUGUGCACCAACCAUGUUCUAGGCCCUGUUUGAGUGGUCUUGUCACAUGGGCUAUUUGGGUUGGGAAUGCUUAUGUCCCUAAAGGGACUAACCAUUUGAGGCUACUUGGAUGCAAGUGGAUGCAGAAUUUUUCAGUUGAACACAAGAGGGCAUUAUAGAACCUUGUGUAGGAUUUUGUCUAUUUUUUACCUUGUGGGCUGACAUUUUAAUAACUCGGUCUCAUCCCCAUAGAAGUAUGUGGUAGAGCACAUCUGGUCUACUUUGUGGCAGCCACAGUUAUGUUCCAGUUGUGCAGUUGCUAGAAUAUGGGCAAGCCCUAUGAUGGAGGCAGCUGUAAUGAGUAUAGACAACUUUCCUGAUGCUGAAGGCAUUAAGUUCAUUGCAUUGUGAGAGCCAAGGAAAGAGGCCAGUUGUUUGAGCAGUGGGGAAGACAUUUUUGUAGCCAGCCUAAAAUCUCAGGGAUAGCUUUAUAUAAACCAGUGCUUUGAAGACCAUUCCUUUUCCCUCAUUAGGAAAAGAUGAGCAAGCAAUAUGUUAAAGCUCUUAAAUCUCAGUAUCAUAGUAGGAGCAAUGGGUUAACUUUGCAAAAGAGACUUACAAAAGAGAAGCUGCUCAGACUGCUGCUGAAAAUAGGAGAAGGGCCUGUCACUUCACUUCUGAAAGUUCCCAUCUGAAUAAAGCCGCCCCUCCGGAGUGAGAGGCUGUUCUUGAGCAUGUUUAGAAUUCCCAUAUAAAGCCUUCCCCAUGUGAAGAUGAUGUCUAAUUCAAAGUUUCAUUCAUAUAUAUAUAUAUACACACACACACACACAUAUAUAUAUAUAUGUGUAUAUAUGU